AUGGCUUCCAAGGCUUUGAUUCUGUUGGGUCUCUUUGCACUUCUUUUCGUUGUCUCAGAAGUGGCCGCCGCGUCCGAAAAGCAGUCCGGCACAGUGAAGUCAGAGAGUGAGGAAACUGUGCAACCUGAUCAAUAUCAUGGCGGCAACGGCGGCUACAACAAUGGAGGAGGAUACAACAAUGGAGGAGGUUACAACGGAGGAGGACACAACGGAGGUGGGGGAUACAACGGGGGUGGAAACCGCGGAGGAGGAGGAUAUAACGGAGGAGGACGUGGAGGUUACUGCCGCCACGGCUGCUGCAGCUACAGAAACAGUUACCGUGGUUGCUAUAGGUGUUGUUCUUACGCCGGAGAAGCUGUUCAGACACAGCCCGGUCACUAA